UUUCCGCUGACCUGGCAAUAUUCAAAAUAGCGCCAAAGUAUCAAUCCCGGAGCGCGCUUUAACUGUUCAUGUCUCGGUCUACUGUUAUUUCAAUUUCUUGUAAUUCUGUGAGAUGAAAAUUAAGGAAAUCAGUCAAACAUGAGGACACUUGUAUUCAAAUCGAAGCUGUCCGUUUUAGGGCUUAUUAUUUCGAUUGUUGCAUACGUAACGACGCGUUCUAGCGGAGAAUCGUCGACGUGUUUGACAGUGUACAAAGAAGGCGGUGCACCGGCGGUGUUUCAAUCCCCAAAAUGCCCUCGCUGGAAGCUUCCAAAUUACGAUUCCCGACCACGUACCACCCAUCGUUGUCAAUCGGCUAUGCUUCUUGGCCGAAGAAAAUCUCAGGAGGAUCGCACUCUCUGUGCUCUCGACCUUCACAUUCCCUUCCCUGGUCUUGCAGGGGUUAAGGAGGUUACUGUUGGAAUUGUGGCAGUUUUUGAUGGCCAUAAUGGUGCUGAAGCUAGUGAGAUGGCUUCCAAGCUUUUAUUGGAGUAUUUUGCUUUGCAUACAUAUUUUCUUUUGGAUGCUACAUAUUCUGUUGUAUUGAAGAAAUCAACCGGAAGGUUGCCGAUUAAGGGGGAAUUGGAUAUUGUUUCUCAAGUGCUUAAUUGGGAUGAAGAACUGGGUCGGCAUAAACUGAACUUUGAAAGGUUUAAGGUCUCUUUUCCUGCAAAUUUCGAUGAUUCUUUUCACUUGGAAAUUUUAAAAGAAGCAUUGUUGAGGGCAAUCCAUGAUAUUGAUGCGGCAUUUUCUAAGGAAGCAUCCAGAAAGAAUCUUGAUUCGGGCUCUACAGCCACAGUUGUGCUAAUAGUGGAGGGCCAAAUUUUAGCUGCCAAUGUUGGAGAUUCAAAAGCUCUUUUGUGCUCUGAAAAAUUUCGGUCACCUGGGGAGGCUAAAGCUACUUUAUUAAGGUUAUACAGGGAGCAAAGACGUAAUGGUGUUUCACGAUCAAGAGAUCAUAAUAACUUUAAAUUCCCAACCACCAAUGGACUGGCUCAUUUUACUGUCAAGGAAUUGACUAGAGAUCAUCAUCCUGAUAGAGAUGAUGAAAGGUUCCGAGUGGAAGCUGCUGGUGGUUAUGUUCUGGAGUGGGGUGGUGUGCCACGAGUAAAUGGUCGGCUGGCUGUUUCUCGAGCUAUUGGUGAUUUGUCUUAUAAAAGUUAUGGUGUUAUAUCUGCACCAGAGGUAACAGAUUGGCAAUCUCUGACCGAGAAUGAUAGCUAUUUGGUAGCUGCAUCUGAUGGUGUGUUUGAGAAGCUGAGCUUGCAAGAUAUUUGUGAUAUACUGUGGGAAUUGCACACUGAUGGUAUCGUUGGACCAGGACUCUCUUCUUCAUGCUCAUACUCAUUAGCUGACUGCUUAGUAAACUCUGCCUUUGAAAAGGGCACCAUGGACAAUAUGGCAGCCGUUGUGGUUCCACUAGGAUCUACUUAUGUUUCUCAAAACCAGUUGAGAGAAACGUGUAUAGAAGAGGGAGACAUAGAUUGCCCUACCAAAGAACUACAGAAGUCCAUUUAUAAACUGUCAGAUAAUGACAAAGCUAUUGACCUGGUACAGUUGAAACAUGCUCAUCCACUUACGACCAAAUUUGACAGGUUAUUGGUUGCAGGAAAACGUGGAAGAUUUAACUGUUUUUAUUUAUCUGAAAACCUUGAUGAAAAUGUCGAUAGCAAACUGGGGGCUCAAAAGGAUGGACAAGAAGAUCAUGUGUAUGACUUUUCACAGGCUCUACCCAACAGCCUUGACCAUCGUUCUGGUGGACCUCUAUAUUCUUAUAACGACCAGAAUAUUUGCUUGCAUUUUGGAAUGACUGUAGAUGGAAGUAAAGAUCAAUGCAUCAAUACUGAAGGCUUUGCUAGUUUCCUUGGUUUGCUUGAAUCAAUACCCUUCCAUACUGCUGGUUCAGAUUAUGGAUCAAAUGAGAAUGCAAUGCCUGACUUGAGGUAUGUUCUAAAGAAAAAGUUUGGUCGUGGAUCAUAUGGCGAAGUAUGGCUGGCCUUUCAUUGGAACUGUCAAAAUGGCAGUGAUGCCUCAAACUCGAGUGAAAAAAGUAAAAAUGUCUCAGACGAUACCAUUCUUGAAGAAUCACAUACCAGAAAUUUGCAAAAUGGCUCAACCAAUGAUUGCCAUGCUGGUUCUUCUAAUGAUGGCUUGUUCAUUUUGAAACGUAUAAUGGCAAUUUAUUUCAAUGGAGUUGAUUACCUUAAACAGGUGGAGAGAGGGACCAAUGUUUACUUAAGUGGUCUGCGAGAGAAGUAUUUUGGUGAGCUCUUUUUAAAUGCCUCGACGAGUCUUGGAGGUUUACUGUUGUCUGGAAUAUCAGAACCUUAUCCAGAAGAAUCAAGAUCAUAUUAUGAUGACCUAUUAGAGAAAAAUGAAUCAUCUUUCCAUGACUGUGGAAACAGCUGGAGUUUUGAUAACGACUUUACGAACAAAUUUAGAUUGCAGAGAGCUUCCUUUGAGGAAGGUUUGAACCAUAUUGCAAGAUAUGUGGAGUCUUUUGAAUCUCAAUCUAAUGAAAUAUGGCUGGUAUUCCAUUAUGAAGGUGUGUCCUUGUCGAAGCUAAUAUAUACUGUGGAAGAAGCAGCAAGUCAUCCUGAUGAAGAAAAUGUUGAAGAGGUCAAACAUGUGCAGGUACUGCGUCCAUCAAAAUGGUGGCAUUGGUUGAAGACAACAGAAGCAGGACAAGAGGAAAUGCGCAAUCUUAUAUGGCAGUUGUUGAUGGCACUCAAGUCUUGUCAUGACCGCAAUAUCACCCACAGGGAUAUCAAACCUGAAAACAUGGUGAUAUGCUUUGAAGAUUGGAACACUGGGAAAUGUUUGAAAGGAACUCCAAGUGAAGAUAAGAAUUUUACCACCAGAAUGCGCAUCAUCGACUUUGGUAGUGCCAUAGAUGAGUUCACAGUGAAGCAUUUGUAUGGAUCGACUGGACCUUCUAGAGCUGAACAAACUUAUGAAUAUGCUCCUCCUGAAGCUUUUCUCAAUGCUAGUUGGUAUCAAGAUCCAACGGGCACAACUUUGAAGUAUGAUAUGUGGAGCGUUGGUGUUGUAAUCUUAGAGCUGAUUUUAGGAUCACCAGAUGUUUUUCAGAUAAGUGCCUUGACGCGCUCUCUUUUGGAUCGCCAUCUUGAGGGCUGGAAUGAUGAAUUGAAGGAGCUUGCUUACAAGCUUAGAUCUUUCAUGGAAUUGUGUAUCCUAAUCCCUGGCAAUUCCUUGAAGCAUAUGCGCAGUACAAACCAAGGUAGAUUGUCGCCUGCUUCUUGGAAAUGCUCUGAGGAGUUCUUUUCUCAACAAAUAAAGAGUCGAGAUCCUCUUAAACUGGGGUUUCCAAAUGUUUGGGCAAUGCGGUUAGUGCGCCAACUUUUGCUUUGGGACCCUGAGGAUCGCAUGAGUGUUGAUGAUGCACUGCAGCAUCCUUAUUUCCGACCUUCCAAAAGAUGAGGUGAUGAGAACUAUUUUUUCAUGGAAGAUGAGCUAUCAUUACUCAAGACUCCUGAAGAUGUUACAAAAAUCAGAAAUAGGAAGCUUCAAAAAAUUGCGGUUGAUGAUCAGAAUGCUGAAUACACUGGGAAGGCAACAUGGUUGGAAUUUUUUUGAGUUAUGACAGCUGGGCAUAAUGAAGAAUGCAAUCCAUUUCCUUGGUGUUGAUGGAAUAUUAAGAUGGCAUAUUUGAGAUUUGAGGAGCUUAAACCCCAAGACAUUUGUGAUCUUUUUACUAGAUCAUCCUUACCCAGACAGAAAGGUCCGAUCUGUUCUUUAUCCCAGUACGCCAUCAAGUGAAUUUAUAUUGAGGACUGCUUAUGAAGGAGAUGGCAUGGAUUACUUAUCUGUUAUGGCUGUUCUGUUUGGAUCAUCUGGUUUUUCCGUAGAGCUCGUAAAAUGCAUAUUUGUUUUUUGUUGGGUAAACUUGGUAAUUGCCUCUCACACGACUUGAAUACAAGACUUCCUUGGAUAUAAACGGUUUCAGGUACCUUGUAUUUUUCGAGGGAAUCGGAAAUGCACAGUGCAGGUUCCCAAAAAAAGGAAUCGGAAUCGGAACUGUAAAGUGCAGGUUCUUAAAUUCAA